AUGUCAUUCAUCUCUUUCAUCUCAGCCAAGAUGGAAUCCAAAACGCCUGCACGGAAGCCCAGCGGGAGGAAGAUCAAGCGACGAGCUGCGAUCGCGUGCACCGCAUGUCGCGGCCAGCAUCUGCGGUGCGAUGCCGCCAUGCCGAUUUGUUCGCGAUGUCGCAGCCUGGACAAAGAAUGCAUCUACACGGAUUUACGAGAGACCCGCAGACGACGUACCGGAAUCCAGAAUUCAAUACUCGCCGAUAGGCGGGAUGAAAUCGUAGAUAUGGUUGACAACAUGGCGCAAUUUGGCCAACCAACUCUUUCUAACGAGCCUUCAUUAACGCCCAAUCGAUCCAGCACUCCGCCCAGCCCUCGGUCGAUUUUCACGGCGUCGAAUGGCUGUCUACAGCCAACUGUAUUUGCAGAGAAUGACUAUCUCAUAAGCCGACCAGUUGACGGGUUCUACAAAUUCUUCUUCCCCAGCCAUCCUUUCGUCCUCCCGAGAGUGCACCUGAAACAACAGUUUGAGAGCAAUCCGGAUUUUAGCGGCCAAUUAUUCCUCAUGAUUACGUUCAUUGGCUCUUUAUAUAUUCUUGAUCCGCAGUCAAUUGAAUAUAAAAAACAGGCAGAAGAGUCUUUCGAUCUUACGCUUUCACCCAACGGCUUCACUGUCCAGGCUCUCUUACUUCUUUCUUUGACUCUGGAAUGGGCUGGCGAAAAUGAAAGAGCGGCAGCAAUCCUUGGGAGAGCAAAGAAUAUGGCACUGGAAAUAGGAAUGCAACACCGAGACUUCGCUUGUCGCCAUGGACGUGGAGAAAAGACAUUGGAAGAAAGCUGGCGACGGACUUGGUGGGAACUCUUUGUGGCGGAUGCAAUGUUUGCCGGGAUCCGUCAUCUGCCUACUUUCACACUCUGGGGAAUAGACACUGAUGUCGACAUUCCCUGUGAAGAAGAUCUAUAUGCUACAGGAAGGAUCCCAUUCCCGCAAACGUUGCAUGAAUAUGACGACCGUGGGCUAAACGACGGAAGCUUUUCCUCUUACGCAUACCUCAUAGACGCAACACGGAUACUUGGGACGACGUUGGCCGCUGGCGAUACUGCCAAUGAAUCGCCUUACUCUCUGGUUAAAAAUGCAGAAGCAAAUCUCAUGAGCUGGCAUUUGUAUCUCCCACAGCGAAAACGCGACCCCGUCCGACGAGAUGGGACUAUUGAUGAGGUUUUAUUUAAAGCGCACAUGGUGAUGAACACGUGA